AUGACAUCUGAACUGUUGUAUUUCAGUACCAAGUCCAUGAGAGCUAAUGGAGGCUUUGAAGUCAUCAAGAAAGCAAUUGAAAAGCUGGGACUAAGGCACAAAGAACACAUUGCUGCAUAUGGAGAAGGCAAUGAACGCCGUUUAACAGGAAAGCACGAAACAGCUGAUAUCAACACUUUCAAAUGGGGUGUUGCAAACCGCGGUGCCUCAAUCCGUGUUGGAAGAGACACAGAGAAAGAGGGCAAAGGCUAUUUUGAGGACAGGAGGCCGGCUUCGAACAUGGAUCCAUAUGUUGUCACUUCUUUGAUUGCAGAAACCACCCUUCUGUGGAAGGCAUAA